UGUCUUCAGAAUCCUGGCCUCCGGCACUAAAGGAAUGGGUUGCCAAAUGCCUUGGCCAGAUAACAGAUGCGAACAGAGCAGAAGUUCAGACUGAACUUAAACAGGUAAUAUCAGACUCUUUUGCCGCCCAUACACUAUGGACUACCGACUGGGCUGGGGUGCAACUAAAAAGGCUUAUGCCAAAACCUGCCCCCGUUUUCAAUAACCUCAAACGAAAGAGGUUCGAGAACAAUUCUACAUCAUCGAAGAAAGCCAAGAAAGCGGAGAAAGCAGCACAGAAGUACGCCGCAGUCUAUGGUUCGAAUGACUUCAGCGACCAGGCUGCGUUAAAUCGGAGAGCAGAGCGUUUUCAGCGUGAGCAUGAGAUCGAGAGAAACAAAUUCCGGAACGGAGGCAGUACCCCGGCCUUCAAGACAAAUAAUCAUCACGCACAUCUCUUCACGGCUUCGAGAUCAGGAUCCCCGUAUAUGAAUAACGACGAGCCCGAAGGCGAUCCGGACGUCAUCGACUGGGAUCGCUAUACCAUUGUUGGAACUUGUCAUGAUAUUUUCAAAGAUUACCUACGACUAACCAGCGAACCAAAGCCGGAGACUAUACGCCCUUAUUCUGUCCUUCAGCAAACCCUCGCCCAACUCAAGGAGCGGUGGAGGGAAAGAUCGUCGUAUGAUUGGAUCUGUAAUCAGUUCAAGAGCCUACGACAAGAUUUGACAGUCCAAAGAAUUAAGAAUGAAUUCACUGUGCAAGUAUAUGAAAUCCAUGCUCGUAUGGCCCUAGAGAGCGAUGAUAUGAUGGAAUACAAUCAAUGUCAGGCAACUCUGAAGACACUUUACGACCUGGGUAUCCCGGGCAAAGUCGAGGAGUUUACUGCCUAUCGCAUUCUCAUGCUCCUUCAUGGGCGAAAUCGAAGCGGACUUAAUCUUUACGUAGGUCAGCUAACACCCCGACAGAAGGCGGAUGCAGCAGUGCAGCACGCGCUUGCGGUGCAGAGAGCGUUGGCGAUCGGCAACUAUUGCAGGUUAUGUGAUUUGUAUCUGAAAGCACCGAACAUGGGCGCAUACAUCAUGGACCAUUUCAUUGAUCGAGAACGAACGAAGGCGCUUAUGGUCAUCACAAAAGCGUACCUGAAAGUCACGCUUCCCUUCCUCCAGCAGAGCCUAGCAUUCGAAACGCUGGAAGAGACGCGGACAUUCUUGGUCAAGCACAACGUGAAUUCGUUCACGAAUCCUAACAGCCCGGACGCGGAAAAGAUCCUCGACUGUAAGCCAUCAAUACCUGGGCUCCAUCGGAUGUACGAAGAAAAGUAUAGCAAGGUUAUGAUCAAGGGUGCUAUCUAAA